ACUGUGAAGACAAGUAUCAGUGCUGUCUGAUCUCGACUUUGAACUUGGACCGUGAACACAAUAUGCUUGCUUGCGCGCUCCGCCUCUUGAUUUGCGCACUAAGACUUCCUAUUACCUUUUUCCUCGCCGGAGUUUAUUCCCGUUGAAGACUAACCUCUUCCUCGCAUCGGAAUGCACUUCGAAUUACCUAUCCCUGGGGCUGAAGCAAUGUACCACCCUCCUUCGAUGCCCUGGUCAGAAUUAACUCGACUGCCGAACAUCAGACCUUUUCUCGGCUGGAAAGCUUAUCCUCUCGUCACCUAUCAGGACUGGAUGAACAAGUUUACCAGCGAAAAUCUUCCUGUGUACGACAGGCAACCAUGCCGCCCGGAAUUUGAGUAUCAUGGCGUAAUCAACGAUGGAGCUCAUCAGGGUGGAUUCGUAAGUGUGGACACGCACACGUUGGUGAUGAGUCCGAGUGGUCUUCGAUCUGGUCAAUAUCACCACGAAAAGAGAGAUCCCCAGUGGACCUUCUUCGAGAAUGUACAAGAAGCUCCUGCUCCCAGACAGAGCUUUGGAUUCUACCGCAGCGUCGUUGAUCUAGGUGCACCCGCCAGAGGUCAGGCAUGGGAUCUCUUCCUCGCCAUGAGAGAGCCGAUGAUCAAAGGCGACACGCGCCCCGGGAUCCUCAUUCUUGCAUCCAAGACCUACCAGUUCUCCAUUCCCCCAGGGUAUCGACCCUUUGACGCGAAGUGGACCGCAGCAUGCGAGUGUUCAUCGCUGGUGAAAGUGGGCGACUAUCGGAUCCCUGAGAGCGGAUGCAUUGAAUUUCGCGAUUCGGUGCCUUCUGGAAGUAAUGAUCAGUCCGAUGACAGUUUUCAAGUCCUCUCGGGAGCUGGAGAUGGAAUUUACCCUGUCGAAAUCAUCAGGGAUGCUGACGGCAACGUUGUCUGUGUAAAAGUGCGCUUUGAUGGACAGGGGGAGCGAACUCACGGCGGUCAAUCUGCCCUGGAUAACACAUUCGAACGAGGGCCAUUCUUGGGCAGCUCAGCUGCCGACACUGCAGCUCCCACCUCAGGGCUGAAAACCCGCAGAAAGUCCGCAGGCGAUGUGUUGCAAAUGACCAAGGGGUUUUUGAAUGAGAUGCGCAUUGCUGCCCGGGACGUAUUUUAGCACGCGAUGAAGUGCCUUAUGUAUGGACUCGUUGCCCGAAAUUCAGACACAUUCAGUCAGAUCCCGACCACUGUAAGAGCAAGAUGGCCAACUUUGAUGCAGAUGAUGAAAUCACGGGAAACGGAUCACAAAACUCUUGUCAUGCUUCGAACUAUCAAGCCAAAAAAUGCACGAUCCAAACGAGCGCUCGAUGCUCGUCAGCCUAAAGAGGUGGAGGAUCCUCGCACGGCCGUAUUCGUCCGUGGAACGCACACUGGCGAAGUUCUUAAUGGGGUCAUGCGGGAUCUCAUGGCACUGAAGAGGCCAGACGCCAUCUCUUUUCAUAAGAAAAACGAUAUUCACCCAUUUGAUGCUGCGUCCUCCUCCGCACAAUCUCUCGAGUUCUGGGCAAACAAAAAUGACGCGUCCAUGUUCGUCAUCGGACAGACCACCAAAAAGCGGCCUCACGGAUUGACCUUCGUCCGCAUGUAUGAUAACCGGGUCCUCGACAUGUUGGAGGUUGGAGUUGAGUCUUGGGUUAGCAUGGCAGACUUGAAGACCCCGAAGUCUACUCCAGGGCAUAAACCAUUAAUGCAUUUCGCAUCUGAUCUCUUCGACACCAAUCCGCGCUUCUCCCAGCUCAAGUCCAUGCUCAUCUCCUUGUUCAAUGGCGAGGUCAUCGACUCCAUCUGUCUUUCUGGUCUCGAAUACGUGAUCAGCGUCUCCACAGGGCCUACAGGGCCUUCGACUACAGGCGACUCCACGGCUUCUGAACCACUGGUGCACCUGCGUACCUAUACUACACGACUGCUUGCGUCAGGGACGCGGACACCCCGGGUCGAGCUUACACCCAUGGGCCCUUCGCUUGACAUGAAGUUGAAAAGACACACCCCGGCCGAUCCCGAACUGCUCAAGCAGGCUCUGAAAGCACCCAAGAUCAAGAAGACCGAUAUCGAGAAGGGUCUUGGCAAGAAACGCAAGAACCAGGAGGUGGAUGAAUGGGUGAUUUGAGAGGCCGCGUGCACGUUGGCAAACAAGAUCUAUCCAAACUGCAAACCCGGAAAAUGAAGGGUUUGAAAGGUGGAGAUGCUCAUGCUGAGGAUGAAUCUGACGACGACGAGAGCGAGAGAGAAUCAAAAAGGCAGAAAGUUUAGUUUAGU